AUGGGAACCGCUCGGGCUGCCCAGUGGACGGGUUCCUUCAAGAUUGCAGAUGUAAGACACGGCUUCUUGAACUCUAAGGUGGUCAACGGUAAAGGCAGCCACUACAACAUGAUGCAGGGUGAGCAAGCGGCCACACAGGCAGCACUUGUACUUGAGUUUGCCAAGAGGUUGGGGGGAGUGGCCGACGACAUAUCUUCCGCAGGACUCGAGGCUGCAAAAAGCCAGAAGAUGCUGAUUCUGAGGCCUGGCAAAGUGGAGAGCUCCAAGGUCUACUUGAUACAUGGCCUUGACGGAGAUGCUCUUAGCGGCGGUAGCACCUUCACGAGCAUUGCGCAACGCCUGGCUCCAUGCAGGGUGGGUGCUUUGGUGUACGAUCAAGAGGCCCUGGAGUGCAAUUCCAUCCCGGAUCUUGCUGCUUGCUACAACCGCCGGGUCCUUGAAGAUGUCAAGAGCAGCGGUGAUGCCGGUGAGAGCCUGAUAGUCAUUGCAGGCUACUCUCAUGGUUGUGUACUUGCUCAUCAGAUGGGGCAUCAGCUGUACAAGGCCGGCGUCCGGACGGCUGUGGUGAUGUUCGACCUGGAGGUGACUUGGCCACCACCUAGCACCCACUCACGCGUGGGCGGCUACGAGUUCUUGGGCGGAGAGGCCGAGGCCGUCUUGCUGAUUUCGCGUGCUUUUGGCAAAUUUGAUUUUGCAAUCAAGGAGGCGAUCGAGCUCACCAAGAUGAAAGCUCAGGGUCAAAGCAUUGAUGUGGAUGCCUUGAUAGAGAGAGCCUAUGUCGCGUUGGGCCAACGCGGGCUGUCUAUGGAUCUCUUGAAGAUGAUGGUGAAGCGAGGCGGUGUCAAUAUUGAGAAGCUGAACAACAUUGGGAAUCCAUGGGAACCGUUGGAGAAGUAUGAAGGUCCUGCUCUGCUGAUUUUGGCACCUGACACACCUGAGUUCCAUAGUGCCGCUGAGAUCAAUGCUAGAUAUUGCACAAGAAUGGAGGUGGUCACUGGAAAGGGAAGCCACUACAACAUGAUGCAGGGUGAGCAAGCAGCUGCACAAGCAGCCAUCGUUCUCGAGUAUGUGAAGAGGCUCUCAGAAGCUACCUUAGUUUGUCCUGCUGCAGAAGGCAUCACUGUCCUUCGGGAUUGUCCAGGCCCAUGUAUAUACUUUCUGCAUGGCCUGGAUGGAGAUGCCCUGGGACCUGGGAUGAACCUUGGAUCGUUGCCGUCCUUGCUGUCCGGCCGCAUUUGCAGCAUCGAGUAUGAUGAUGAGGCCUUUGCUUGUGAAACCAUUGAAGCGUUGGCCAAGCUCUACAAAGAGCGCAUCCUCCAGGACCGGGCAUUGCGACCAGAUGGCAAGCGACUAGUGCUUGUGGGUCGCUCGAUCGGUGCCCUAGUGGCCUCGUUGAUUGCACUGUACCUCCAGAAGGACCACGUCGAGUGCUUCCUGGUGAUACUCAACUCUGAGGUCGUGUGGCCUUCAAAGCUGGACGACAGCUUUUGCUAUGACUGGCUUGGAGGAGAGGUUGAGGCCACCUUUUGGUUGAGCCACCUUGCGGGAGCAAAAGCCUUCGUCGAUGAACAGGUCCAGUCUGCAGUCACUCGAGGAAAGGCUUUUGCUGAAGGUGCAUCAAGGCUGCAGACGGCGGCGUUUGGACAAAUUGCCUCUAACUUGGAAGCCUUUGGCAUUCGCUCCUUGAAGGAGUUUCGCAGUGUUUGCACCCUGGCGAGCUCCCACUGUGCUCGGCUGAGACAGCUGUUGCGACCUUCUGCUGGCUCCAUGCGGACGCCUGCGGGCAUUUUUGAUGGCAAGGUGCUGGUCAUCACAGGUGCUGAACGACAAAGCAAAUUGGAGCAGUCUGCGAGACAAUAUUUUCGGAACAUCGUCACGCGUUGUGUCAACACUGAUGACCAUGAGGUCUACGUUGGCGCAGUGGCUUCUUCAAUAGCAAGUGAGAUAUCUCAGUUCCUUGUUCAGGACCGGACCCGGGUCGACGGUGACAGAGAUCCCAGGCAUGAGGCUGAGAGUUUGGAUGCAGCACAUGUUCCAAUCUAUGUAGUUCCAGGAUGUGAUGGAGGCGUUUUGGGCGAGCUGGCAUCAUUGGUUGACAUCCUGAAUGCCGACACCGGUGGGGUGCUGGUUUUCGACCAAGAGGCCAGAAGAUGUUCAUCCUUGGCAGAUCUGGCGGCACUCUUUUUGCAGCGAAUCUCUGAUGACCAAGCAUGGAUCUCAGAGGGAGACUUGCCUGAUGCGAGCCUUUGCAAGGUGCUUUUGCUGGGGCAUAGCAGCGGUGCACCCUUAGCCUACGAAAUGGCUAUGCAACUCCAAGACUGUGGGGUCGAUGUGCGAUUGGUCAUCGUCCAAGGCGAAGUGUCCCGUGCUGGUCCAAGCAGCACUGGCUUAAGCGGCUGCUGGUUGGGCAGCACUUGUGAGGCCAUCCUCCUCCUUGCAAACCGGGUUGGUGAAAGAGAAUUUGCACUCAAAGAAGCAGAAGCCAUGGCCAAAGCACGCCAAAAUGGCCAGAAGCUUUCACGAGGACGGCUUCCGGAUACUUGUGGUCUAGCUUUUGACGGUAUCUCAGGAGGCUACAUGAAUGGACAUUCAAACAACGGCGGCGUUGAGGAGUCGAAACUCUUGAUGCGGGCAUUCUGGAAACUGUCUGAUCAGCUCAAUGGCAUGUCCGUAGAUGCCUUCAAGGAGCUUGUAGCAGAUCUUGCUUCACGCAUUGAUUGGUAUAUGAGUUUGGACAGCCUGGAACAUCAAGAUGCAUUUGAGGGUCCGGCGCUUUUGAUCUUGGUCCAAGACUGCGCAGAAGCAGAGUCGAUCAUCGAGAGCAACGCUCUGUAUUGCACUCAACUGGAAGUCGCUGAAACGAACGGCGACCAACACAGUUGUAUGCAUCAGGGCAACGUGAAAUCCUUGGCUGCCCAGAUCUUGAGCUGGCAGGUGUGGUCAUUGAUUCUUAUCAUGGGACUAGAUGCGCAGCUGACAUAGGCUAUAGGCUAUAGAUACUGUAGAUAGCUGAUGAUAGUUUGAUAGCUGCAUGUCCUUUCGCUCCGACUCGGAUGAUCUUGAGUUGCCUAUGCAGCUGAUGACAUAAUCACUCUUGUCCUACCGAUGCUACCCAGAUGGAGCAGUGAGGACCAAUGACCAACUUAGGUCAACAAGUCCAUUCUGGGGUUGUAAGUGCCGCAGCUGGGCUUUUGUGAUCAUGCAGAUUCAGAACCGAUGUGGUUGCUG